AGAUGAAGGAUUUGGCUGUCCUUCUAUGAAGCAAUGCCACGUGGUCCGAAGGCAAGCAUGUCUGGGCUACUGGCGUCUUAGGAGUCCAGGGCAAAGCUGUCACUGGGGAAUUGGGUGAGGCGUGCCCCAGGACCAAACUGCAUAUCCUCACCAAUGACAUCAUGACAGCAAGAGAGCACAGCCCUCGCCAUGGUGCCAGGGCCCGUGCGGUGCAGCGGGCUUCCACCAUCGACGUGGCGGCUGACAUGGUGGGCCUCUCUCUGGCAGGAAAUAUCCAAGACCCAGACGAGCCCAUUUUAGAAUUCAGCUUAGCUUGCAGUGAGCUGCACACUCCAUCGCUAGAUCGAAAACCAAAUAGUUUUGUGGCUGUGAGUGUCACCACCCCUCCACAGGCAUUCUGGACGAAGCAUGCUCAGACGGAGAUCAUUGAG